CUCCACUUCAGCAUCAUUCAUCUGAGAUGAACAAAACAGUUAGCUCCUCCUCCUCUCUCUCUCUCUCUCUCUCUCUGUCUAACCCAUAAAUUUUCUCUCUCCUCAUACCAACCUUGUAAUUGUAGGUAAAACCCUCCAAUAUCCCAAAAAUGGGGUUCUCUCUAAGCUUGGAUUCACUUCUCAAAGUCUCUGGGAUCUAACUGUAAUAGGACUAGGGUUUUGUAUUAAUUGGGCCCAGAAAUGGCUUCCGAAGAGGGCUUAGUACCAGCUCGGAGACUCGAGAACGGUUUGAAUUCACACCCACAGCUAAUCUUCCAAGACGAGACCCUCCGGUUCAGUCCACUGCACCGCCGCUUCGGCGAUCCCGGUCGGAAAACCAGGGAGCUCACCGGCUUCAUCGACGACGACCGGUUUUUUCAACCUCAUGGGUCAGAAUUCCGGCGAACUAUGUACCACGACACACCGCUUGAUCGGCAGGACCACCGGAAUUGGGAUGUCAACGGAAGGACUUCGACGCAUAGUGGAGAUGGAUCCGACGAGGAUGAGGAUGAGGACGAGGACGACGAAGAGGAGGACGAUGAUGGUGAGGUUGAGGGACUCGUUGAUAGUAAUAGUAAGAAUAACAAUAGCAGCAAUAGUGGGCGUACUGAUACAGAUAAAAUUGGCAAUGGAAAAGCAAAAAAGUUCUCUUCUUUGGUUGGGUCGAGUGGGGAGAUAAUGAAGGAGAGUAACAUUGUCCAAUCUGGUAAUGAUGGUAAUGAUAUGGGAGCUAGUCCGAGUGAGAAUCAUCAGCAAGGACGAGUCGGCCAGUAUGACAAUGUGGUUACCAUUGCUGACCAUGAUGGGGAUUUGUACUACUCGCAGUAUCUGCAGGGGUCAGAGGUGUUAGCCAGCGGCCAGAAGAAUGCAGUGGUUGAACAUGGUUGUGGUUUUGGUGGGAGAAAGGAGGGUUUGUACUCAAGUGAAUUGAGAGCAAUUCUCUCGGAUCCUUUGACUGGAACACUUAUGGAAGAUGCAAUGAUAUUGCCUUGCGGGCAUUCCUUUGGAGGUGGUGGAAUACAGCAUGUCCUUAAAAUGAAAGCUUGCUACACUUGUUCUCAAGCAGUAUCAGAGGACUCAGUGGCUCCGAAUCUUUCUCUCCGAGCUGCUGUCCAGGCAUUCCGUCGGGAAGAAGAGUUGCAGGUUUACUGUGCAUCCAAAAGAAGAAGAGAAAGAUUUGAACAGGACAAAGGUAGUUAUGGUGAUUCAACUCUCAUGGAUCUUCCAAGGGGAAAAGGUGUUCAGUUUCCAUUUGCUGUGACUGAUCGAGUUAUUAUAAAGGGCAACAAGAGGACACCACCACGUUUUGUUGGACGUGAGGCUGUUGUAACAACACAAUGUUUGAACGGAUGGUAUGUAGUGAAGACAUUGGACAAUGCAGAGAGUGUGAAACUCCAGUAUCGCUCACUUGCCAAGGCUUCAGAUAGUCCAUCCUCAAAGUCGAUCUCAAGCAAGGUGACGCCAAACUGGGUCUAGAGCUUCAGUAAACAAGAUCUCCCAAAUUGGGCAUUUAUAGCUUACAGUUAAUACACAUGGUGCAACUAUAUCAAUCUAACAUCAUUGCUCAAGAGGUUUUCUUCAAAUAUUGUUGUUGAUUCCUUACACGUAGAUGUUGUAUUUAGGCCCUUGUACAUUGUAGAGGCCUGCCACAUGAUGAGAAACUCUAGAAUGAGAUUCGAUAUAUGAAUAAUAUAUGAUCAAUUUUGCUUGCUCA